GAACCUGUCAAGUUCCAAUGGUAGGAGUGUUAGCUAAAGAAAGUGCAUUCUCUGUUUUGGGGAAUAGAAGGCUUUGUGGUGGCAUUAAUGAACUUGGGUUACCCAAAUGCAAGGAGACAAGUAAAUUUACAAAGAAGUUUCAUCUCUAUUUAAUAGUCACAUUGAUCGCAUGCGCACUUUUCACCACAACAUGUUUAGCAUAUGCUUGGUGUAAGAAGAAAAGAAAGAGCCAUCUUUCAAAAUCGUCAACAAGCGAACGAUACCUAAAAGUUUCAUACAGUCAACUUCUAAAGGCUACCAAUGGGUUCUCCGAAUCCAAUUUGAUUGGAACUGGUGGUUAUAGUUCUGUUUAUAAAGGAAUCCUUUUUGAAGUUAAUGACACAUUUGUUGCAAUCAAAGUUCUACAUCUUCAAAAUCGUGGAGCUCAAAAAAGCUUUACGAGGGAAUGUGAAGCAUGGCGGAACCUUCGACAUAGGAAUUUGUUGAAGAUUAUAACUUCAUGCUCAAGUAUUGACUUUCAAGGAAAUCCAUUCAAAGCUUUGGUAUACGAGUUCAUGCCCAAUGGGAGUUUGCAUGAUUGGUUGCAUUCAAGUGGAAAUACAUCAAGGCUAAACCUUCUUCAAAUGAUAAAAAUUCUUAUGGAUGUAGCAUAUGCACUUGAUUAUAUUCAUAAUCACUGUCUACCAACCAUUAUUCAUGGUGACCUGAAGCCUAGUAAUAUUCUACUCGAUAAUGAUAUGGUGGCUCAUGUUGGAGAUUUCGGUUUAGCUCGAUUUCUUGGAACUUCAUACAAAAACAACUCAACUGGGAUUCGCGGUACAGUGGGUUAUAUUGCUCCAGAGUAUGGUCUCGAGAGUGAGAUGACAAGUAAUGGGGAUAUCUACAGUUUUGGAAUACUAGUUCUAGAGGCAAUGACCGGGAAACACCCAACUGAUGACAUCUUUAAUGAAGACCUUUGCCUUCAUAAAUUUGCUUCAAUGGCCUUGCUAGACAAUGUAAUUGAUAUCAUUGAUGUUAACAUUCUAAACCUGUAUCAAGAGUACAAUGAAGAAAAUGCCAUGAAAAUAGAGGAAUGUUUGACUCUAACAAUUAAGAUUGGAGUCGCAUGCUCUGUGGAUUCCCCAACACAAAGGAUGGAUGUCAAAAAGGUUAUGCGUGAAUUGCAACAGAUUCUCGAUACACUUGAAAAUAUUUGAGGUACGUUGUUCAUUAUUCUGGUGUAGGAGAUGGUGUAUCAUGCAUGUCAUCUCGGGUUGUCGAGCCAAGCCAGGUUAGGCUUGAGUUGAAACUUA